ACAUCGACAUCGUCAUUAUCUUUGUAAAGGAGAAAUGGCGGCGCCCACUGAAAACGACGGCAUGGGGUCUGCGACACUGGAUCCCGACCAAGCGCGUGUAGCCAAGUGCCUCGGAGAAUUUGAAUCAUGCACGAAGAAACCAGAAACAUUUCUCGAAGUCCAGCCGGAUAUAGCGGAAACAAUGAAGAGGCUGACAAAGGAGCUAUACGACGUCGUGGACAAGUGGGAAAGCAAGAAAGUUUCGGCGUCGAAAACGGAACUGCCGUCACUGGUUGUUGACAACUUCGACGACGAACAGAUCUGGCAGCAGUUGGAACUGCGAAACACUCGCCUGGUGAGAGAGUUGAUUUCGUCGGUGUCUCGAGUGGCAACGAAGUCUAGCAUUAACUUCGGUGUAGACUUGGGAAUGCAAGAAAACCCACAGGGGUCCAAGACGAACGACCCAGAUGAACGCGAUAAGUGCAAUCUCUCGGACGCCGCUGCGGAAGAGGAAGGUGAUGAAGAUGAUGAUUUCGACUUGUCGGAUGAGUCUGAAGGCGAUGAAGAGUCCGACGAGGAAGUUGAUCAUGACGGAGAUGGCAGUGCGGCCAUUCAAGCACGAGAUACACAACCGUCGUCUAUUGUAGAUGACGCGUUCUUCCGACUCGCCGACAUGGAAGCAUUUGUAGAUAGAGAAGAAAAGGCCGAUGCCCGCAGAGGCGAUUCAGAUGAGGACGAUGACAUUGACUAUUUUGGCGAGCUCUCGUCAGACGAAGACGACCCAGACGAAAAGGGUGGCCGCAAUGCUAAGUACAAUGACUUUUUCGAUCCACCGGCCUCCGUGCCUGACAGCAAAAGGGCUGUGAAGAAUGACAAGGCUACCACUCGGACAAAUGGACAGGAAGACAUUCACCGAAACAGCACAGCAAAAGAAGAUGUCCAAAAGUCAUCUUUCGAGCAAAGCCAAGAAUUUAUAAAGAAAAAGAUCAAACAGUUUGAGGAACGAAACCUGGAGCCGCGUCCAUGGAGACUCCAGGGAGAGGUGGAAGCUACUAAUAGACCUGAGAACAGCUUACUGCAGGAGCACAUCCAGUUUGACCACGCCACUAGGCAGCCCGUUGCCAUCACCGAUGAGACCACAAAGUGCCUAGAAGAUGUGAUACUUCAGAGGAUACGUGACAAAGCCUGGGAUGAUGUUGAGCGAAAGACGAGACCAACGGAGGAACCAUUUGAGCUGCGCCGACGGGUCGCACUGGACCAGGAGAAAAGCAAGCUCAGCUUAGCAGAGGUUUAUGAGCAACAGUUCCUUGAGAAACAAAAAACUGUGGAUGACGAUGCACCUCCCAAGGAGAAUCCUGCUCAUGUUGAGAUUCGAACAGCCAUGCGAGACUUGUUCACAAAAUUGGAUGCAUUGUCCAACUUCCACAUGAUGCCAAAGCCUGUUUCGGCUGAGGUGAAGGUGGUGAGCAACCUUCCAUCUUUGAGUGUUGAAGAGGUGACCCCAGUAGGUGUGAGCGAUGCUUCACUCCUGGCACCUCAGGAGGUCAAGACCAAGCCAAAGGGAGAGAUGGUUGCCAAGGGGGAGAGGACUCACACUCAGAAGCUGAGAGAACGAAGACUCAAGAAGGCUCUUCAGAAACGCCGAGCCGCCAAGGCAGCUAACAAGGCUGGCAAAGUCACUGAAGACAAGAAGAAAGUGAUCAAGGCAACAAACACAGAACUUGCCAAGCCUGUCAAAGGCACGAAAUCAGCAAAGGGCGCUAAAGCUGCCAAGGGAAAAAGUGACAAGUGGGCAGAGAAAAGUCUUUCCUCAUCCAAAAAGUUCUUCGAACGGCUUCAGGAUCAGGUUACCUCUGCAGUUGCACCAGCGAAGAAAAAAACAAGAAAGAAAGAUGCUGUUGUUGCUGCUAACUUUAAGUUGUAAAUAUAUGUUUAUAAU